AUGGCCAUCGGCGGUUCUCCUGGCCAUUCUGGUCGCACUGAGCAUUCUGUAGCAUGUCCACAGCUGCCGCCUGCACCGCCAGUGCCAUCAGUGGUGGCACUGACGCUCCCACCAAAUCCUGCCUUUCCGCAACCGGAGUCACAAAAUCUGAGGAUCAUCCUCCAAUCCAUUCGCGGACAAGCCACCGUGCUGGAGGUCCAGCGGUGGGGAUGUGCUUCACUAAGAGACCUGGCACAAGCAAGCUCAGAAGAUCGUUCUUGGCUCGGUCGCCUUGGGGGGAUUGAGCUGGUGCUCAAUGCCAUGCGGACCUUCGAAGCGGACACGGAGUUGCAGCAGUCUGCCUGCGGCGCAUUAGCCACUCUGAGCUAUGAGAACCAGGUCAACACUAAGGCUGUGUUACAACAUGGCGGUACCGAGUUGUUGUUGCGCGCUAUGCAUGGCCACAGUAGCAGUCCCUCUGUGCAAGGCUUGGCUUGUUACGUUUUGAGGAUACUGGCAUUCUUGGAGGAAGGUCGGCAUCACAUGGUCCAGCUCGGUGCCAUUGAAACCAUUCUCAUGGCACUACGGAAUCACAUUGGCGAUGUGGACGUCCAAGGCUCCGGUUGUGGAGUUCUUGGUCGGUUGACUGCAUGUUCUUCAGAGGAUUUGGCGAAAGUAGCCUCAGGUGAUGGACUUGGCGUUGCUCUAGGUGCACUUUCUGCCCAUCCACGUGAUGCUCAAGUGCAGGCGUGUGCUUCAGCACUUGUUGGAAACUUGGUCCUGGCUGGACCACAGUCAGUGCAAGAAAUCGCUCAAAGCAGAGCAGCAGACUUAGUGGUUCAGGCUUCAAAGCACGAGUCUUUAGAGGCUCAAAGCUGUGCUGUCAAUGCACUAAACAACAUGUGCCUCAGAAGCGAACAUUGUAUUGCUCAAGCUGCAGUCUCGGGAGCUUAUGCUUCUUUGGCAGCCACCUUUCAACCCACAGACGAGAACAUCCAAUUGCUGACAAUUACAGUCCUUUAUUUGCUGACAACAACAGAUCAAGGUGAUGUUGGGGAUUUUGUGCAGCUGCAAGGCCUGAGCCAUUUGAUUCCCACCAUGAUGCGCUUCAUGUCUUCUUUGAAGGUCCAGGAGCAGAUUUCUUCGAUCUUGCAGAGAAUCGGACAUCGUGCGGAGAUGUUGGAAGAAAUACUUCGACAGGGAGGGCUUGAUGGCAUUUUCACUGCAAUGCAUCGCUAUCCGCUAUCGGCGAGGAUUCAGGUGUCUGGAUGCUAUUUGGCAUCACGCUGGGCACGUGCCAGCCAGGACGGGGCCCAAAGAGUAGCAGAAGGAGGUGGAGUAGAGUUGGUU